UGGUAAUACCGCACCGGGCCCAGGCUGGGCAAGUACUGCAGUGCCUCAUGAUCCAAGCUUCAUCUUAUUCCAGUACAAAAUUUACAAGUAGUACCCCCAACCAUGCUAAAACUUCAGGAGUACACCGCAUGGAUUUCGGUUGAUGGUCAACCAUUGGAUACUUACACUGUGGAGACAUCUCUGGCGACCAACGAAGUGACAUGCUGGAUCCCAUCUGAAGCUGGCAAGGAGUUUUCUGUGCAUUGUCAAAACACUUCUGCCCCUGGCCUCGAUACCAUCGGUGCAUUCGUCUACAUUGAUGGACAGGGGUGCCACGGUAGCUUGUUCGAGCGCUGGAAUGUGAAUCACGCUAUCAAGUUCAGUCACGCUUUUGUUUCGGAUAGGAUCACCAAAUCUUUCGUAUUUUCAAAUGUUCGGCUGACAGAUGAAGAUGAAUUCGUGGAUGCGUCAUCAGCCGAUUUGGGACAAAUCCAAGUCAGAGUUUGCAAAGUAGCACUCGGCGAAUACUACAAUCCUGCCCAAAACCAACUUCAGACUGAACACAAGGUACACGAGCGGUCGAAGAAAGCAGUGACACACUGUGUUGGGCUUGGUGAAGAAACCAUGAUUCCACAAACAAUGUUGCGCAAGUCACAGUGCAUUGGUCAGCCUCUCGCAAAAUUCACAUUCAAAUACAGAGACCGAAAUCUUUUGAAGGCGAAUGGAAUCAUACCAGUUCCAGCACCCUUGAAGCGCAAGGCAUCGCAGGAAAUCAUUGACCUCACUGUUAAUGACGUUCAGGCGGAGGGCAGCAGAUUCAAUGAUCCAGUACGAGGAGAACAAAACCCGCAGGGAACAAAAGAGACAGAACGCAGGAGCAAGAAGGUGAAGCAAGAACCGAAGCCCGGUGUGUUCGUAGAAGUCAUUGAUUUGACGUAGCUCGUGUGUUACACGAGUAAAACCAAUGACGAUUGACGGCUAUCUGGAUAGUAAGUGUGCCAUCACUGUGAAUCACGUCGUUGCUUCUCUAGCCGUUUUUUCCGUGCUCUUUCUGCACAGCGCUUUUGAUCAUGUAUAC